AUGGCAUUACAAAACAUUGGUGCUGGCAACAGUGAUGACGCCUUUUACAGAUACAAAAUGCCCAAAAUGGUCACCAAAAUUGAAGGGCGUGGAAAUGGAAUUAAAACAAAUAUAGUCAACAUGGUUGAUGUUGCUAAAGCUUUAGCUAGACCACCUUCUUAUACUACUAAGUAUUUCGGGUGUGAACUCGGUGCCCAAUCGAAAUUUGAUGAAAAGACGGGUGUGUCCUUGGUCAACGGGUCCCACGACACUGCAAAACUCGCGGGUCUUCUUGAAAUUUUUAUUAAAAAAUACGUUCAGUGUUACGGAUGUGGGAAUCCAGAAACUGAAGUUUUGAUUACUAAAACUCAAAUGGUUCAGCUCAAAUGUGCUGCUUGUGGGUUCAUAUCUGACGUGGACAUGAGAGAUAAGUUAACAUCAUUUAUCCUCAAAAACCCACCUGAGCAAAAAAAGUCAAAAGACAAAAAAGCCCUUAGGAGGGCUGAAAAGGAGAGGUUAAAAGAAGGGGAAGCAGCUGAUGAGGAGAAUAAAAAGGUCAAGAGUAAAAAAAAGGGAAAAGAAGUAAAACCCACAUCUUCACCACCUGCUGACGUGGCAGAUGUCGACGAUGACAACAUCCAAUGGCAGACUGACACGUCAGCGGAAGCCGCACGCCAGCGUGUACAAGAACAGCUGAGCGCGGUGACAGCCGACAUGGUGAUGCUGUUGGAUGAGCCGGAGGAGGCGAAAACGCCACAUCAGAUUCUAGUGGAGAAAGUGAAGGAGGAUUUGGAGAAAGGAGUGGGGCCGGAUGUGAUGAUGUCAGCGCUGACUGGGACGAGAAAGGAGAACGUGAACGCGGUGUAUGAAGGGUUAUUUGACGGGGUGGAGAAGGGGUUUGCGAAGGUGGUGGUGAAGAGACGGAAGUAUCUGGCGGCGGUGGUGGCGGAUGGGGAGGAGGGGCAGAUGAUGUUGCUUGGGGCGGUGGAGGAGUAUUGUGGGAAGGUGAAGAAUCCGGUGGCGGUGAAGGAGGUGGCGCUUGUUUUGAAGGCGCUUUAUGAUGCGGAUGUGGUGGAGGAGGAGUAUGUGGUGAAGUGGUAUGGGGAGGGGUUGAAAGGUGGGAAUAAGGAUUCCGUUAUCUGGAGGAAUGCGAAGCCGUUUGUGGAAUGGCUUCAGAGUGCGGAAUCGGAAUCAGAGUAG